CGUGUCUCCGUCGCGUCGCGCACCCAUUAAGUGGAAGAGUCAGCUCAGGGCACCUGAAGGAGACUUGGACGCACCUGGGCCGCACUCCUGGGCUCGUUGAAGGUUCGCAGCUGCAGCCACUGCCUGCGCUCCAUGAGGAAGAUGCUCGCCGCCGUCUCUCGCGUGUUGUCGGGCGUCGCCCAGAAGCCGGCAAGCAGAGUGCUGGUGGCAUCUCGUCAUUUUGCAAAUGAUGCUACUUUUGAAAUUAAGAAAUGUGAUCUUCACCGGCUGGAAGAGGGCCCUCCUGUCACUACAGUGCUUACCAGAGAAGAUGGGCUCAAAUACUACAGGAUGAUGCAGACUGUUCGCCGAAUGGAGUUAAAAGCAGAUCAGCUGUAUAAACAGAAAAUUAUUCGUGGUUUCUGUCACUUGUGUGAUGGUCAGGAAGCUUGUUGUGUAGGCCUGGAGGCCGGCAUCAACCCCACAGACCAUCUGAUCACAGCGUACCGGGCUCAUGGCUUUACCUUUACUCGUGGACUCUCUGUCCGGGAGAUUCUUGCAGAGCUUACAGGACGAAGAGGUGGUUGUGCUAAAGGAAAAGGAGGAUCGAUGCAUAUGUAUGCCAAGAAUUUCUACGGAGGCAAUGGCAUCGUGGGAGCUCAGGUGCCCCUGGGAGCUGGGAUUGCUCUGGCCUGUAAGUAUAAUGGAAAAGACGAGGUCUGUUUGACUUUGUACGGCGAUGGUGCUGCUAAUCAGGGUCAGAUAUUCGAAGCUUACAAUAUGGCAGCUUUGUGGAAAUUGCCUUGUAUUUUCAUCUGUGAGAAUAACCGCUAUGGGAUGGGAACAUCUGUGGAAAGAGCAGCAGCCAGCACUGAUUACUACAAGAGAGGCGACUUUAUUCCUGGGCUGAGGGUAGAUGGAAUGGAUAUCCUGUGUGUCCGGGAGGCCACAAAAUUUGCAGCUGCCUAUUGUAGAUCUGGAAAGGGGCCUAUACUGAUGGAGCUGCAGACUUACCGUUACCAUGGACACAGCAUGAGUGAUCCUGGAGUGAGUUACCGUACCCGAGAAGAGAUUCAGGAAGUUAGAAGUAAGAGUGACCCUAUCAUGCUCCUCAAGGACAGGAUGGUGAACAGCAAUCUCGCCAGUGUUGAAGAACUAAAGGAAAUUGAUGUGGAAGUGAGAAAAGAAAUUGAGGAUGCUGCUCAGUUUGCUACUGCUGAUCCUGAACCACCUUUGGAAGAACUUGGCUAUCACAUUUACUGCAACGAUCCACCUUUUGAAGUCCGGGGUGCAAACCAGUGGAUCAAGUUUAAGUCCAUCAGUUAAGGCGAGAUACACACCUUCAGUGGGUUAUUUGGCAGCAACUGUAAGGAAUGCUUUGUGUUCUCAACUUUGUCAAGGAGGAAAACCCAUAGAGAGAAAGUGCUGUAGGUUGAGAUAGUGUUUGCAUGUGGUUUGUACAGUGUUGCAUUAAAAGAGGUGAUUGCACAGAUAAGGUUAUUUUAGUUAUAUAGGUCUAAAAUAGGUAAUAGUUUGCUUAACCCUCCAAAUUAUUUCUUUAAAAUAGUUCUAUUUGA